ACGGAGUUGUCUUUGCGCUUUCUUCCACUCACGAGUCGACCGUUCGCAAUUCAUUAUUCACGCGUAUUCGCGUAUUUAUCAUCUUGUUUUUCUUGAGAAGGAUUUUACAAGAAUUGUUGUCGAUAUGGGCAAGUUAACCAGUACGAUCGGGAUUCCGAUCAAGCUUCUGAAUGAAGCGCAGGGCCACGUCGUCACCCUUGAGAUUACAUCCGGCGUCGUCUACCGAGGAAAGCUUUUGGAGGCCGAGGAUAACAUGAACGUCCAACUCAAAGAUAUCACCGUGACCGCCCGCGACGGCCGCGUCUCGCAUCUCGACCAGGUUUAUAUCCGGGGGAGUCAUGUGCGGUUCUUCAUUGUGCCGGAUAUGUUGAGAAACGCACCUAUGUUCCGCUCGAGAGGCCAGCGCGGCAGAGGUGUUGGAUUGGCGCGUGGUAAGGCGACGGUGCAGAGGGCUAGGGGACAGCGGAGGGGUUGAUUUUUGUCCUUGGGACUUGGUCUUUUCGUCUUUGUUGAGGUUUACAUUUCCAUAUGAUGGUCGGCGUUCUUCUUUAUUUACUUGGGGACUUGAGAAUUUACGCUCAAUGAGAUAAUCUGUCUGGUCCAGUUCAUGCUAUGGAUAUUAUUGUAAGGAGGUAGGACUGGGUAUUUUGCUGCUGGUCUUUAGAGGUGAUGAUUCUCUGGAUGUCAGUUUGGUCUAUCCUUGUCUACCUCCGUAGCUUGUACAUAUGUGCCUAUGAGGGCAGUAGUGAUUCUCAACUGCAUGCGAG